CGGUGUAAUGAAAAAUUAUUUGCGUUCGCCAACAAUUUUUCGAAAAUCAACUUCACGACCUCAAUCAAGUGAUGUAGCUAAAACUAAAACCGCUCCAGCAAAACCAACUGCAGCAACGCCUAUGACGUUACAACCUACAAAUAUAAACAAUGAUGUUGGUACUUAUUUGGGAAAACCACGUAGUGCUAUGGAUGAACUUGACCGUGAAACUGAAGAUGACCUUCAUGAUAUACAUCAAGGUGUUAUUCGUCUUAAAGUACUUGCUUUACAAAUGAACGACGAACUUGAAAGUCAAAAAUCUUUAAUAGAUUGUCUUGAUAAAAAAAUCCAAGGGUCUAACAAUGAUAUAAAGAAAAAGAACGAAGAUCUGAAAACAAUUUUGUUCUCUUAAAGAAUAUUCCAUAUAGUUUCUACUUAUUUAUAAUCGGCCAAUCAAUCUAUUUAAAUAUGAACAUAAACUUUAUAGAUUUGUCUUUUUCUCUCAUAUCAUAUGUGAACAUUGUAUGUCGCUUAUUUCGUUGUACAGUCGGAGUUUAGUGAGAAAGAAAAUAAAAGAACAAAUCUAAUAGCUUUUUUUCUAUGUAAUUAUAGAAAUGAAAAAGUUGACAGGUAACAAUGAGAUUACUAACAGCUAUGUGGUAUUCUAAACAAUUACGUGAUGUUUAUAUAUACUAUGUCUAACUUUUUUGUGAACCACUUGUGCCGCCUCUUGAGAUAUACUUAUUUUUCAGCUUCGAAUAGGAACCGAACCUUCUCUACAAUUUGUUUUGGCUUCGCCACUAUUUUCUGUAGCAAAUAACGUACAAAUAUUCAACCGAUACGGCCUCUGAGUAUACUUGAAAAUACAUUCUGACUAGGAUCGUUCCCAUUUAUCAAAAUCCUAAAUCUGUCACUGAAAUAACAUGUAUAAAUUUCACAAAUAUCUCCGCGGGCAUUAAUUUUUACUCUGACGAGGGAACGUUCCCAAGUGAUUAAAAGCUUUUGAGCUCAUAUGUUGCCCAUUAGGUAGGGAACCACUAGAUUAGAGAAACCUCCAAAGGAUUCGUGCCCAUAUUGAGAUUUGACAGAGAUAUCGAAUUUUUAGUGGAUUUUGAUAAAUGGGAACGAUCCUAGUCAG